CAAGGUAAAAUCGGUGGUAACCUAAUUAACUGGUACAACCGACUCUACCUUUCGGUGCAAAACAUCCCAACGUUUGCCACAGAAAAGCACCGAUUGUUUGACGGAUCGGAUGUCAGUCUCAAUGACAUCAGAGACAACGCCAUUGAUUCCAGCGGUGAUAACGACGACAUCGAGUUGUUUGAAGCCAUUUGUGAGUUAUUCACUGAAUUGGGCGUCGAUUACGUUCGCGAAGAACUGAUGCAAUGGUCGCCACUAAUGAAUAGUUAUAACCUCUAUUACCUGCAAUGCGGUGCCGCCGGGUCUGUGGCCACAGUAGCCCUCUGUCUAAACCUCCAGACCUUAACACUGAGCCAUAGCUGUCGGCCCAACAGUUGCUGUAUUUCGCGAUUCAAUGGACAUACGGUUGAGUUGCGGGCCAUGAGAUCAAUAGCUCCGGGAGAAAAGAUUACCGUAAGUCGUGUGGACUUGAAAAUGGAUCCAAAUGAGAGAAAGUUGGCGCUGAAGAGUAUGUCCAUUGACUGCCAGUGCGUGAAAUUUGUAGACAAUACGGACCGCGAAGUGGAUUACCGGCGAUUACAGCCAGACGUGGAUAAGUCGAUGUUGAGUGGAUUCACUUCCAGCGCUCAAUUGGAGACUUAUUUGCGGUCAUUGUUGACGGAUUUGGAUGUGGUUUACGGCGAUUAUCACCCGUUGAAGACAAUGACUCUCAUUAAUUACUCGUUGCUUUACAUCCAUCACCUGAUGAGCCGCCGGUCGGCACCCGAUUCGCUGUUCGAAGAGAUCCGCGAUUUGACCGAAAAGGCGUUGAAUGUGACGAAUUGGAAGGACUGUCCCUUUAAGACACGAUUCCAAUAUAAUCUUAAGCUGUUUUACACUAAACGGUGUGUCAUUCAAUUGUGA